AGAAAGCAUGCGAGGAUUCCCCCAAGAACUUCCGGUUUUAAAUCGAGGCUAUGGAAUUUCCCUACCUGGGCGAUAGUUAUUAAUAGUUCUCUACCAUCAGUCAAUGAAAGACAGCACUGAACAACGAUUAGCUCGACAUGACAGCAGUGACAGAGAUUCCGGUAGUGGAUCUAUCCUUGUACGGUCUGGGCGUGGUCAACGAGGACUCCGUGGACACACAGACCAUCCGGUCUCUGGCUGACGCCAUCUGUGGUGCCUUGAGGGAUAUCGGUUUCUGCUACAUAAAAAAUCAUGGCAUGCAGCAAUCUCUGAUUGACCGAAUGAAAGCAGUGUCAAAGACCUUUUUUGAAAAACAAGUAGAGUACAAGAAAAAUUAUGCACGACCCGAAACAGCGAAUCAUGGAUGGGUCGCCUUAGAACGGGAAAGUUUGAACCCAGAGAGACCAGGGGACUACAAAGAGGCCUUCAACUUCAACCCCAGUGAGGACAACUAAGGUGAUAAAAACCUAUAUAGUGUAAACAAAGUGUUAAAGGAUAUAUGGAACAGACUAAACUACUACAGUUUAUAAGAAUGUUUACUUCAGUGGGUCAACGUAUGUAUUCCUUGAACUUUUUAUCCAAAUUAGUUACCAAGUACUAGACGUGUUAUAUUUUUUUUACAGAACUGGCCAGAUAUUGAUAACUUUGAGACAACUAUGAAAGAUUUCUAUGCGUCUAGUCAAGCAUUGGCUUUGAGGAUAUUUGACUUGGUGUCGAUAGGACUUGACUUGGGAGAUAACAAGUUCAUGAGAAAAUGUCACAGUUUGAUUGGUCAGAAGGGGAACUGCACGGCAGUGCGAAGUUUAUACUACCCUGCCUUAUCACCAGAUACAAACAUAAAGGCGAAUCAGGUACGAUGUGGAGAACAUUCCGACUACGGGUCACUUACACUGUUGUUUCAGGACGAUGUGGGGGGUCUGGAGGUACGUAACCUUCACGGCGAGUACAUUCCAGCUUCUCCAAUCUCUGACACUAUAUUGAUCAACAUUGGAGAUCUGAUGCAGAGAUGGACCGCCGAUCGUCUCACAGCCACAAAACACCGCGUGUUGAUUCCUGAAGAGGACUUGGUGAGAUGUAAGAGUCGACAAUCUGUCGCGUUCUUUAUACAACCCGACGAUGAAGUAAUGAUAGAGUGCUUGGAUAAAUCUGAUAAAUACAAACCCAUCUCAAGCUAUGACUAUCUACAGGAACGAUUUGCAGCCACGUAUUAACUGUAUGCAAUAUUCGAACAAAUUAACCAAUUAAUGGUAUCUAUGGAAACAAGUCCAAUAGAAACAACAAUAUUUCUUAUGUAUGUCCAGUUAAUCUAUGAAUGAGUGUCAAUGAAAUGAAAGCAGUGAAGAUUUUAAUUUCUCUAAAUCAGUUCGUUAUAGAAAAUAUAAAAAAUAAUUGUGUUUUUGGAAAUUAUUUAGCAUUAUGAAAUGGCAGUGAGCGAAUGACAUUGCGUAAAAGAAUUUGUAAUCAUUUGUUAUCAUAAAUUUAUAGUGGAAACUGGGAGAUAGAAUAAUAUUGAAUAUCAAAAUAGAAUUUCGUCCUUGUUGUAAAACAUGAAAUCGGUGAUGAAUUACCAAAUGUUAUCAGUUUUCAGAAAUUAUGGACACAAACUAUAUCAAAAAGUUGAGUAAUUUGUGUAGAUUUAUCAAAACUAUUUUUCAAAAAUUCUCAUAAUUUGUCCUCCAUUUAUAUCAAAUUUGCUUUGUUUGCGUAUUGUUGUAAAUAUGCUUUUUCUCUGUAUAUCUAAGUUUGUGGAGAGAAAUAAAAUAUAGUUGAAGUUACACACUAUUUUGUACGAGUCCUUCCGCCACCCAGGUGGGAUUCCCUCAUGACCAUGCUGGCUACUCGGGCCAGGCAGUAAGUUGCCCAUCCUCCUGCCACCCAGGUGGGAUGUCCAUAUGACCUUGAUGGUCAGUCGGGCGAGGCAGUGAGCUGCCGUCCUCCAGUCAACCAAGUGGGGUGCUGACAUUACCUAGCUGGUCAGUCGGGCCAGGCAGUGAUCAUGAGCGACCUCUGUUCUCCCGCCACCCAGCGUGAAUCGUCACGCAGGUAACUGUCAAGUAGUGCCCUAUAUUAUUCUUUUCUUUUCGUCUUUUAGUAGGCGAUUUCCCAUAUACAUAGAAAGUGUACUUUUAUAAUUGUUUCACAGAUUCACCAUUGAGUAUCGAUUUCAGUCUCUCCUGAUUUAUCCUGGUCUGAUCUUUUAACACAAAUGCCUUUGUUUUUCAGGGUUCUCCUUGCUCGAAUAAUCUGUUUUACGUCUGUGUGAACUUCAAGUUUUAUUCAUAACUUUAGGCCGUUGGUCCAUCAGCAUAACAUCUAAAAUACCACAGAAAUACAAUGUAAAUUAAUGUAUAGAAAAGCAAUUUGUUAUAACAUACAUAUGAAUCUAAAUACCCUGAGAAUUUUCCUCUUAUUCCUGUUUUUUAAUUUUUAUACCAGAGUUUGAGCAUGUUAAUUCUUUCGAAUGCAUUUCUGAAAUCAACUAAAGAAGUCGUUGAUUUCGACUAAACGAUUUUGUUAUAACAGUAUGUAAACAAACAUUGAGUCAAAUGUGCUAAGGCCUUGUCUGAACCCAAACUGGGUAUUAGACGUAAAUUAUGACCAUUGUAAUAGUCUGUUAUUUAACACUGAAGUGAACAAUUUUUUCCAAUCACCUUACAAUAAUUAUUCCCUUAUAAUUAUUAGGAUCUGAUAUAUCAUCCUUUUUAGCUCGUCUCUUCGAAGAAGAGGGAGAGCUUAUGUUGUCACUCCGGCGUCGGCGUUGGUUUUUCAAAUGUUAAGUUUUUGGUGAAAGUGUUGAA